UCAUGCUGCUGCCAGGUCCAGAGUGUCUGUCAUGGGUCCCUGUACGGCCUCCCAUUGCUGCUGCCAGGACGGCCCGUAAUCUGCCAUGGGCCUCCGUACCGACAACCUCAUGCGCUGCUGCCAGGCCCGUUUAAUCUGUCAUGGGCCCCUGUACCGCCUCCUCAUGCUGCUGCAGGUCCAGAGUGGUGUCAUGGUCCCUGUAACGGCCUCCCAUUGCUGCAGUUCUCCAAUCGCCACACUCUGCCAUGUCCACUUUCAGGUCUCCUCACACUGCUGGUGGGUUCCAAUCAUUUUGUCAUAGGGUUGCUGUAUGGCCUCCCCAUUGCUGCUG